GUUGUACCAACAGUAUAAAAAACUGCUGAUGGGUUCAAGGCAAUUUCAGCUUUCAGAAGAGUCCAAACAUGACUGGGUUUGUUACUCUGUGUAUUAGAUGUGAAUAUCUGGGCAGGGGCAGGUCACACAGUAUUGAUGUUUAGUAUCUAUGGAAUCCCUGAGAGAAUUAAUAACCAAUGAAUAUGUAAGAAGGUGAUUGGGUUGUGUGCAUGAAAACGUGUAUUGUAUGUGUAAAGCGAAUGUGAGUGUUGUAAAAAUGUUGAAGUGAUUGGAAGUGUUAAAUGUUUUGGAGACUGUAAUGUGUAAAAUGCACCACAAGGGGGCAGUGUUGUCAUGCAAGUGAAUGGUAAAGGUUUCAUGUGGUGACCUGGGGAAAGGCACAAGCAGUGCAGUGAGGACAGUACAUGAUCGGGGAAUGUUAUCAGCACAUGUACAGUGAAUGUUAAGGGGAUGGUUAAUUAGGGAUAGUAUAUAAAGGGGUGAAACACAUUAAUGGGUGUUCAGUGGAUGCUUCUGAAGAAAAGUAGAUAGUGAUAGGCUACCGUAAAAGUACUAGGUACUAUAGAUAGUGAGUGGACCACUAGAAUGAGUAGUUAAGACCCCAACGAGGAGUAAGUGGCUUUGCCAGUGAGGGCCGGAGUGUUAGGGGGGAACACGAACAUCGUGAAGGAGGGGCGCAAGUAUAAUCCUAUGUGGAGUAGCCAGAGGGACAUAGGACGUAUGCCGGACUGGUAGGACCAGAAGGUGGAAAAUUCCUCUCCUAAAAGGUCCGCGGUGCACUGCUGGGGUGUCAGCCCGACUGAAGUAGGAAGGUGGUAAGUCGCCUUGGAAAGGGGUUUUCCUGUGUCUCCAGUGAUUCCGUGUGAGGGGUUUGUAUGAAGUUAUUGCUCUGCAAGGAAGGGAGUAAGUGAAACCCAUGGGACUGUGUAUGGACUGUACAAAGUUAAUGGAUAUUGGAAGGCAUUGCCAAUAAAAGUUCUUCAUUUUUCUGAUUUUACAUCGUGUGGAUAUCCAUCAUUUAAGUGAAGGUUGGUUGCCAUGGGGACAGUGGGGCAUUAACCCCUAACCCCCCUUACAUAAUUCAGUGUUAACCCCUUCCUACCCUUACAUAAUUUGGCGCUGCGAGCAGGGUAAGGAAGUGGAUGUGCUGUGUGGAAACCCCUAUGAAGAUUGGAUUUGUUUAUUGGGAUCAUGUACAGCGCUGUUUCCUGGUUUGGCUGCCUGUAACUGCUGUGACAGGAAGGACGUAUGUGAGGCAGCGUCUGGUGCCAGGCAGGAAGUGGGCAAGCAACUUGGGACCCAUUUUCAUGCCACAGGAACAGGAAACAGUAGUGUGGCCAUCUUAAAACACAAAAGACUGUGAGGUGUGGCGCAGUAUUGUGGUGACGCGAGUGGAAGAAGCAAAGGAGUGUUGUAACCAUGCAGAGUACCUCCGCAGCUGAGAUGUCUGACAAGCACCGUGAUGGUUCCCAUGUGCGGGAACUGCGGCGACGAGGCCCAGUGGUCGGAGGUGCGGGCGGCUGGACAUCGCCCGGUUUGCAUCCGGGAUUACUUCACUGGCCCGGUCUACCUAAAGACCCAGCUAUCUGAAUCGAUGAACUACAUCGACUGGCGCCUGACUGCAUGGGAGGCCUGGCGCCUUACCGUACCGGAGGGAGAAGCUGCGCAGAUAGCAGGCAAGAUGGCGGUAACCGGACUGCUGAGCUCCGAUUCAAGCCACGAGGCUCCGCCGCCCUAUACUGUGAAGGAUGGCGGUGUGGAAGUGCCUGACCCGCGACCAACCUCGGCAGCAGGUAUGAUGCAUAAGGCGUUGCGCACCAACGUCAUGCCGUGGCGUACUGGCAGUCGCAGUACACUACCUAGUGUUCCCAUACCCCCAGUGGUGCAGGACUCCAUCGAUCGGGUGGAUUCCUGGCUAGACCCGCACAGUGCCAGGGCAUCAGAAGGGGCCCCAUGGGAGGAGCAUUGGGAGGCAGAACCCCAUGCGGGAAGUACAGAAGGUGCUGCAUCUGUGGCGGCGGUACCCGCAGUAACUGAGCCGGUUAAGGCGGAGGUUCCCGAAGUGGAGCAGAGGGUAUCACCGCCGGUGAGUGUGUUGUUGUUGGGUGCUGGAUCCUGAAGCAGUGUGUAUCGGUCACCACAUACUCAAAUGGUGAAUGAUGAAAGCACAUUCUGGGUGUUACUGGGGAAAGCUCAGGAAAAAGAAUUUAGGGCCGUGUCCCAGGUCCAAAAGAAGAUUAACUUAGAGAUUAGCAAGAAAUGGGGCUUCUACAUGCCGUACGCCCCGCAGUAUGUUUUUGACAAAGUUGAAAAGAACUUAGAAAAAUGGGUGCGGCAGGAUAUCCUCUCCUUUCUGAAACUGGAUGAACACCGUUUGGUGCACCCCGACAGCGAUACUCGGAAGAGAGCGAAAGAUCUCUUGGAGGAGACUGUUCCCAUGUGGGGGCAAGAGCGCACCUUGAUGCGGCACUAUGUCCGGAGUGGCACCAAGCACAACCCAGAGCGGCACCUCAGUGUCCAUGUACCCUUGGAGGGUGGGGGUACCGUGGAAAAACCUCACCCAAGGAAUUACAUCUCAUUUGUUAACACCAAGAACUGGUUCGCCCGGAUGAUCUGAGAACAGAGACUGUUAUUUGAAUGCACAGAACUGUUGGUGAGUGCAAAGUUUACAGAGACUGUUAUUUGGUUCUUAACAUUGAAAAGGAUUAUCCAGUCGGGGUAAUCAGUUAACUGUUUGGGUUCCACAAUGCCAUGGGAAAAGUGUAUCACCAGUUGGUCAAGAUGGUUACCCAGUCGGGGUUAACCUUGGACUUCUUGUUUCAGUUAUACACGUGUGCCUUGUUCUACAGUUUUAUAUUGAUCAAAAAUGUUACUGACCUUAUGAAGGUAAUAAGGUUUUACAAAUUUUGUUACUAAAAUUAAGUUAUUUCAGCAACCGCAAACUUUUGUGUCUGUUUUCAUUUUUAAUGUGUGAUUGGUUGUGUGCACGAGGACGUGCUUGAUUUAACAGGUGUCGAGUGUAAGAAGGUGAUUGGGUUGUGUGCAUGAAAACGUGUAUUGUAAAGUAUGUGUAAAGCGAAUGUGAGUGUUGUAAAAAUGUUGAAGUGAUUGGAAGUGUUAAAUGCUUUGGAGACUGUAAUGUGUAAAAUGCACCACAAGGGGGCAUGUAAGUGAAUGGUAAAGGUUUCAUGUGGUGACCUGGGAAAGGCACAAGCAGUGCAGUGAGGACAGUACAUGAUCGGGGAAUGUUAUCAGCACAUGUACAGUGAAUGUUAAGGGGAUGGUUAAUUAGGGAUAGUAUAUAAAGGGGUGAAACACAUUAAUGGGUGUUCAGUGGAUGCUUCUGAAGAAAAGUAGAUAGUGAUAGGCUACCGUAAAAGUACUAGGUACUAUAGAUAGUGAGUGGACCACUAGAAUGGGUAGUUAAGACCCCAACGAGGAGUAAGUGGCUUUGCCAGUGAGGGCCGGAGUGUUAGGGGGAACACGAACAUCGUGAAGGAGGGGCGCAAGUAUAAUCCUAUGUGGAGUAGCCAGAGGGACAUAGGACGUAUGCCGGACUGGUAGGACCAGAAGGUGGAAAAUUCCUCUCCUAAAAGGUCCGCGGUGCACUGCUGUGGUGUCAGCCCGACUGAAGUAGGAAGGUGGUAAGUCGCCUUGGAAAGGGGUUUUCCUGUGUCUCCAGUGAUUCCGUGUGAGGGGUUUGUAUGAAGUUAUUGCUCUGCAAGGAAGGGAGUAAGUGAAACCUAUGGGACUGUGUAUGGACUGUAUAAAGUUAAUGGAUAUUGGAAGGCAUUGCCAAUAAAAGUUCUUCAUUUUUCUGAUUUUACAUCGUGUGGAUAUCCAUCAUUUAAGUGAAGGUUGGUUGCCAUGGGGACAGCGGGGCAUUAACCCCUAACCCCCCCUUACAUAAUUCGGUGUUAACCCCUUCCUACCCUUAACCCCUUCCUACCCUUACAAAUAUA